GUGACGCAUUACGUUGUUUACGACAGAGGUCUGUUGUUGCCCCACAUAGCUCUUCAUUUAGCUUAUGUGUGUUGUAAAACUCACGAAUAAAACUCAUGCCGGACGUGAGCACAUGUGGGAAUUAUUCAAAGGUGCUAAGGAAACAGUGAUGCCAUAGCAGAAAAGUAGCUUCGCCGAGCCUCCUCCACAGAGGGGGAAGGUCCUACUCAAAAAUGGCAACUGAACUUCAUGAGACCAUAUUCAUGGCCAAGCAGGAGCGACACAAAAACCUGUUUCUUAACUACAGGAACCUGAACAAUUUCCCUGUAGAAUUGUUGAAGGAUGAAGGCCUGCAGUUUUUGGAGAGAUUGUACAUGAAGAGGAACUCGCUCACUACACUGCCUGACAAUCUUGCACAGAAGCUCCCAAACCUGAUUGAACUGUAUUUGCACUCAAACAACAUAGUUAUAAUUCCUGAGGCUAUCGGAAACCUGGCCAGGCUGCAGUCAUUGGACCUGAGUAAUAACGCCCUCCAGCUUCUUUGUCCAGAGAUUGGCCGACUAAGGUCAUUACGACACCUGAGACUGUCCAAUAACCAGCUGAAAUGCCUUCCUCCAGAGCUUGGUGAUCUGCAGGAACUGGAGACUCUGGAUGUGUCAAUGAACCAGUUGAUGUCUCUCCCAGACCGCCUGCACCGUUGCCUCUCUCUGCAGAAUUUGACAGCAGAUCACAACUUACUGAACCAUGUUCCACGGCAGCUCUGCUGGCUCCACCGCCUCAACCAGCUCUCAAUGGCCGCUAACCGGCUCACCUUUCUACCACUCGAUCUGGGAAGAUCACGGGAGCUGCAGUUUGUAUUCGUUGACAACAAUGUGGAUCUAAAAGGACUUCCCUCCUACUUGUAUAACAAGGUCAUCGGCUGCAGCGGGUGUGGUGUGUCACCCCAGGUGCUGGAGGGAGAGCUGGGCGAGGCACUGGGUGAAGCACUGAGCGAGGCUUUGGUCGGUCUGCCAGCUGAAGUGAAGGUGGUCGGCUCGGGGGCUGAUAAUGUGGUUCCUCUGGAGGAGCUCGCUAUGAGGACUCUGCACCGAACCCACCACCAACGGCCGACAGAUCUGAACCUCCUUCCUCCCAUCGCCCUCCCAAAGAGUUUGUUGGACCUGUUGCAGUUCCCUCUGGGCCACUGCCAUCGCUGCAGUCAAGUCAUGUUUACCAUCAUUUAUCCCAAACUGUUCCCCCUCCGAGACACCGCGUUGGCAGGAGUCCACCGCAGGACGACGGUGAGUUUUGUGGCCUAUUGUUGCUCCAGUCGCUGCCUCCGGACCUUUGACCUCCAGGGAUGACCUCAUUCCAUCAGCCUUGUCCAUAUAAGAGCUGCUGUCCAGACGGCGACAGCGGCUCGUCACGUGUCACCUGACAGCGAACCGUGGAUCUGGCCGGAGCUCUGAGCCUUGAUUGACAAACCUGAGAACCACAGGGAAUCAGCCUGUGUGGAUGUUCGGUGGGUCAGAUGAUGGACACGGGGAUCGUCCAGUUACAUUUCAACAUCAUUAAUGACAAACCAAAAGCCUACAUGAUUUCCCUGUUGCCGACGAACACACUGAAUCUAAACAACUGAGAGGAUUUUAUUUGUGUGUGUGAUCUGGGACACUAUUCCUUUCUACGUGUGAACAUUCAGCUAAAUUUUGACAUGAAACAACACACUCACAAAAGGGCACUUUGAAAUUACUAGUACUGUUUAAUAUUUGUGAAACCUUUAACUUUCCAAAAUUUUCUAGGAGAAAUACAUCCCAUUUUUUGUGAUGUCAUUGUUGAAGUAUUAACAUUUGUAGCACUGUUACUUUUUACUGAUUCCUGGACGUUUGAAGGAUUUCUAUCUAAGAGAAUGUAUGCCACGUAUUGACUUUGUAGAUUCUCGGCUUAUUAAUAACAUUAUAGAGUCAAAACAAUUUACUCUGAGGUCCAUCACAUGGUCUGAAUUUUAGAAACCAGCCAGACAGAUGAGGAUUUUUUUUCACAUAAAUGUAAUAGAGUUGAGGUUAAUGUUUGCAGUCUCAUAGUGUGGCUUUUUAAAUUCCUAACAGGCUUUAAAUAAAUAGGGUUUGUUUUUUGUUUUUUUAUUAUUACCUGCAUCAAACCUCAUCUAGUGUUUGUGUGCAGACCCAGACUGGCAGAAAGUUUGGAACAACAUCAAAACUUUCCCACUUUUCCUUCUUCAUGUGUUAAAAAAAAAGGGUUUGACCACUUCAGAGGCACACGUGUGUUUUAACUUACACAUGUGUUAAUGUUCAUUCAUAUAAUGUACAGUUCUAAUUUAUCAUUUGUCUUGAUUGUGUUGCAUUGGCAGCAAAUGUCAAAAGAUGUUUCGCUUUCUUUUGGCCUUCAUUUGUAUUUUUACAACACAAACAGUUUAUGCAUGAAAAAGAAUAGAAACAUGACUCCUGCAUCACAUGAUCAGAAGAGGAAAACUGCACGUUUAGCACUACAACCAACAGCUUCACAGCUCAUAUUACUGUGAACAGUCACUGUAAUUGUGUCAUGUGACAUGUAGCCUUUGGCACAUCUUAUAGAAAACAUUUAGAAACUUAUGUUAAGAUGACCAGUAACAAUCUGUAAGUAUAAGAAUAGAAUUGUACUUUAGUUCAUUUCUGUAUACAAAUUAAAUAGCAACACUUUCAUCCUGUAGCUUUCAUUUAUUUUCAUAGUCCUGAGUUAUUUUAAAAGGAUCCAAAGUUUUACAAACAUUUUUGAGGUAAAUAAAAGGAGCAAACAGCCAUCCCAGCACAUAAGCAUUACACAAACCAAUAAAACUCUGAGGUGAACUUCAAA